AAUAAUAAGCACAGUUUCAAUGUUCCUAUAUCUACGCCUUCUACACCCUUUAAAACAAAAGUUUCCUCUAUAUCAUUGAGAUACAUACUAAAAAGAAAGGGAGAUAAACACUCCCCUUGUCUAACUCCUAAAAAACACGAAAAACUGUCACUGACAGUAUUCAUUAACUUUACUUUUGAUUUAACACAUUCGUACAUUGACUAAUGACAUCUAAAUUUGUUCCUCUAAUACCGAACUUUAUUAACUUAUACCAUAAAAUAUCCCUCACUACAAAAUCAAAGGCUUUCGUAAUGUCGACGAAAGCACAAUACAAGUUUUCAUUAUUACCUAGACAAUGUGAAAUAAGAGCAUUUAAAACAAAUAUAUUGUCUACCGUACUCAUCUCUUUACGAAAACCUGCCUGCGCUUUAAAGUAUACACUGUAAUUUUCGGCCCAGUUAUUAAGUCUAUUGUUCAAAAUUCGCUUGCCUAAUACACUAAGAAGAGUAAUGCCACUGUAAUUACUUGGAUUCUUAUCAUCUCUUAUCAAUAAAUGACUAUAUAAUAACAGUUAAAUUCAUUUUCAUAUUGUAUUUCCCUGGCUGAAUCUACGAUAGAACAAUUAUUUGACUGGCAUUUUAACAUUGUUGUAAAAUGCAUAUCUUUUUGCUUGGUAUUUUUAGGUGCACAUGUGGUCUCUGUUCACGAAUGCCAACAUUCUUGGAAUCAGGAUGCUGUGAGGUCAAUGACAUAGUGAAGUCAAAAAUGGGUGAUCUACACUGUAUUACUGAGCAUGAAGGCUUUAUUGCGAAUUGUCUCAACAUUCAUGUCUUAGAGGCCUCGUAUUACGAGUUUGUGGAGAAUGAGGGUUACCCUUUGGAAGGCCAACUCAUACAUGAGACUUAUCGCUACCUUGCCUACAGAAGGUUUGUGAGAUGGAUUUUUCACAGAUUGCCAAAGAAGAUGCGGAAAGUUCUCCCAGCUUGUGUGGUUACCAGUAUAAGGACAAAAUUUCCAUCUGAGACAUACUGUGGUUUCAAAUACCCUACGGACAAAAGGCCAUGA